AUGUAUCAGGAUCAAAACGUUCCAUUAGGAAGAAGGGAUAGCUUAACAGCAAACCGAACUCUUGCAAAUCAAAAUCUUCCAGCACCCUUCUUCACAUUGGAUAAACUCAAAGCUGCCUUUGCUGUUCAAGGUCUCAACACCCUUGAUUUAGUUACACUCUCAGGUGGUCAUACGUUUGGAAGAGCUCGUUGCAGUACAUUCAUUAACCGAUUAUACAACUUCAACAACACUGGAAACCCUGGUCCAACUCUGAACACAACUUACUUAGAACUAUUGCGUGCGAGAUGCCCCCAGAAUGCAACUGAGAAUAACCUCACCAGUUUGGACCUGACCACACCUGAUCAAUUUGACAACAGAUACUACUCCAAUCUUCAGCAGCUAAAUGGCUUGCUUCAGAGUGACCAAGAACUUUUCUCCACUCCUGGUGCUGAUACUAUUCCCAUUGUCAACAGCUUCAUCAGUAACCAGAAUACUUUCUUUGCCAACUUUAGAGUUUCAAUGAUAAAAAUGGGUAAUAUUGGAGUUCUGACUGGGGAUGAAGGAGAAAUUCGCUCGCAAUGUAAUUUUGUGAAUUACUGA